AGGAGUUCAUCUGCCCGGAUUGCGCCACGCCACAGUCGCUCCCGCCGGAGCUCUUGCCGACGCGGCCUGCCACGGCGGAAGGCGCUGCCACUACCCCGCGCCGCCGCCGACGUCCGGGGCGCGCGGCUGCCGUGUGGCUCCUGCGGUGCGCUUCUGAGCGUGCCGGUCGGGCUGGCGCGCUGCGCCUGCCCAAUCUGCGGCGCCGAGCUCGCCGUCGACAUCGCGCGGCUCCGACAUUACCUCCUGUCGUCUGCGGAGGGCGCCAUACCCGUUGUGCCAGUCGGCGCCUCCGUGCCACCGAUCCUCCAAGCCCGGGAGGUGCGGCAAGAACAUCCUAAUUUUGGAAUUCGUGCAGCAUUUUUGCGAACGGAGCCUGAUAAUCAGCUAAACUGUAAGGAACAGGUACAGACAAAGCGUCCAAAUCAGCUUAUUCCAGAGCAGGCCGAUGUCUGUAAUCCUGAUUAUAUGGUUGAUGGAGAGGAUGUACAUGAUGUCAAUGGCACAAUUACUAGGCCUAGCAAACAGAAAGACAAACAUUCACUUGGCCCUGGACUUGUUAGUGCAGAAAAGAGAUACGAAGAGCCUCUAAAUCAUGUCCGGCAUCGGGCGCAAGCUCAAUGUUCCACAAGACAUGUAAAUUGGACAACUGGAUGCUCGACUGCCCAUGAAGCUGUAAAUAUACAGAAGAGGCAGCCGCAGAUUCCCAAUCAGAUCAUACAUCAGUCACAAAAACAGUCUUCUUGUUAUCCGAUAUCUACAGAGAUUGCUCAGGCAGAGGAUGCAGAUGGGGUGUUUCAUGUCCAGGAAAGGCAACAACAGCAUGUCAAUCAGGCAAAUCAUACAGAAGAGUUAUGCACUCAAGUUGUCAAUGAGAUUAUUCCAGGGGAGAGCAACAGAAGGAGAGUCAGGUGCGCAGCUCGCUCUGAUGUUACAGGUUCGGAAAAGAGGAAGGUGCAGGAAGAAAAUGAGGCUAUCAAGCAGGUACAAAGACAACAAUCUGAUUCAGUGAUUCAUAUGGAAUCAGAAAAUCCAGUCAUUCGUGUGGAGAAGGAACCAGCAAACUCUUUCGGUUGCAGAGCCCUCAAGCGGAAAAAGAAGGGUUUUACAGCUGCUUCAAAUUCAGGUCUUGAACUUAGGCGCAGCAAACGGUUGGCGAAAGAUUCACUUCCUUCCAUGGACCAAGAACCUGAUCAAAAUGAGUUUCUUGAGCUGCCGGCUUCUCCAGGUGGCCAAGCAUCAGAUGCAGUUAUAGACACUGAACCAAUACACCGGGGGAGUCUAGAGAGUCAAAAAGGGACUUUGACUAUCUACAUACCAGCAUCCAUCACAUAUAGUGAACCAACAGAAAGUGAUCCUGAUGAGCAGCCUGCUGGUUCUCCAGAUCAGAGUUUAUCUGAUUCUCCAGAAAUUGAUAGAAUCAUCAAAAAUGUAUGUCCUAGUCCAUCACCUAGGCAAGAUAUGCCUGAAACAAGCUCUAACAAGUUAGACAGCUUUCAUUUAACUACACCACCUUCCUGUUCAGACCUCUACAUGUGUGAUCCAGAGCAGUUUGCAUGUAAUUAUGUCCCCCCUGUGGUUAGAAACGCUCCUGCGAAGCUGAGAUCUAAUUCAUUGCUUGAGCAUACGAUAUCCCGGGCAAGCUCUAGCGAGGCAUGCCUGCAUGAUUUAACUGAUCCGGAAGGAGAUGACCGUUGGAUACCAACUAGCCAGAACAUUGGUACAAAAAUGGAGAGAGCAUCAUUGCUAUGUCCGGACAUUGAUAGUAAGCAUCGUGCUGCUCGAUUGGAGGAGAGUCCUGGCAGUGUUAAGCCCCUUGUCACGCGCACUCCUAAGGAAAAUUGGAUGAUACACCAUGCCUGGGUUCAGCGCGGGAUGGGCUUUUACCUUUCGCGCGACUAGUUGAGGCAACUCGUGCAGAAAUGGUAGAGGGCGAGCGACGGGGCUCCAACUCGACACGCCUACAAAUAGACCACUCGUUGCUGAGCUGCUUAGUGGACCGAUGGAGGCCCGAGACACAUACGUUUCACUUUCGCUGGGGAGAGAUGGCUCCUACUCUCCAAUAUGUGUCGUUGCUGCUGGGACUACCAUCGGCGGGUCAUCCCAUAGGACCGUUGCAAGCACCAGCAGAUUGGCAGGCGGGUAUGGCACUACGUUUUAAGGGUAUUCGUGCUGGAGUUGGGCCAUUCACCUCGGAGGCUCACGGACCUAAGCUAGAUUGGUUGCUCAAUUACCAGAUUCAGAAGUUUGGGUAUCCAAAGACCCAAAUGACCGAGUCUCAGAUCACUCGGAGUCUUGAGGCAUAUAUAAUGUGGCUUCUUGGGAAGGUGAUGUUCACCGAGAACCACGUCACCACCAUUAGCGCGCGCUACAUCCCUAUUGCAGUGGAGAUCGCGAAUGCAACUUGCGCUGACGACAUCACACAAAGGAGUUGGGGUUCUGCGGUCUUAGUGGCUACGUACCGAGGUAUGUGCAACGGCUGCCAGCUUGUAUCGCCCAAGUCAGCCCUGCUUGGAUGCCCUAUAUUGUUGCAACUUUGGUCGUGGGAGAGGUUUCCUAUCGGCUGACCAGACGUUACGGGUGAUCAGCCUUACCCUGAGCACGAGUUGUUUGACUCAGAACACAUCGACAUGCCUACUUUUGGUACAAUUUGGACACGUCGCAAGAGACGCUUUGCCCACGAUCAGGUCAAGAAUUGCUACCCAUCAUUCAACGAGCAGUUCGACGUGUUGCACUCUAAUGCGGUUAUCUGGGAGCCGUACACGUCGGAAGCCAUAGAUGUCAGAUACCUUGGUGGGAUGUCCAAUGCUUGCACGAGAGAUUUCUCUUACUGGAUGACAAAGUCAAAGAUCAUCUUCGACGUAUGUGUUGAGGAGAUGGCCCAGCAGAGAGUCAUGAGGCAGUUCGGUGCACGUCAGUUGGUCGAUCCGUCGCCGACGGAGGAUCUACUGCCACCGAUCAUCCACAGGUUUACCAGGAAGGGAAGUAACAGGACCACGACUCAGUGGCUUCAGAGGGUUCAGACGUACGUCAAAGAGUGGGAGACUGCGACGACACGAGUCUGGCCAUUGGAUGCCGCAUUUGAUCUCGGAAUAUUCAAUGACUAUUUGCAGAGGUACAUGCUCGUGACCUGAUUGCACCUCAUUCAGCACUCUCACCCGCAGGAGAUGCCCGAGCCGAGUACUAGGGAUAUGUACCCGAGCCAGUCUACUUCAGGCUCCAGACAGCACGCGGCUGAGUUGACGCAGGAUUUACAGGCCGAGUUCGCUGCGUAUGGACGUUCGCUUUCGACCGGACCUCUUCUACUACCACGGCAGCAGCACCAGUCAUGGCUAAGGCGAAUGGAGGAGAAGCUACGAUCUGUCUACGCGGCUAUCACGUGCACCCACACUUCGGACGUUGAUCGCCACCAGGCAUCCGUACGACCACCAUGUCCCUCCACGCACCAGCAGCAACCAUGGCAGUCGGAACCACCGCACCUCCGACAGCGCCCACGUCCACGUCUAGCAGAGCAGUCGACGCACAGGCCACCCUCCUGAGCAGGCCGGACGUUCGUCGUGGCAGCAGGAGCAGUCUUCUUUCGACUAUUGGCAGCAGCAGCAGUCAACUUUUCAGGAUGGAGGCUCGGCGUGGGAGCAGCCCAGGAACUUUGUGUUUUGUUCACAGAACCAGCCACACGAUAUGUAUAUUUCUAUCUAUUGUGUUCAUUAUUAAUUGAGCUACACAAUUAGUUAGUAA